AUGAUCCAAAACUUCACCAGCGAAUCCAACAUGGAGCCGCACUGGGGCUACGCCUACCGCGUGGUCCCGUGCAAAAAUGACGCCGGCUCGUGCGCCUACCUGGACGCCGUCGGGGGGAAUGCGGCCAAGUAUGAGGCACCUGAGCACGCAAACCUUUUGACGGGGGAGGUGGCUACCAGGCCGAGAAAAGUAGGGAGACUGACGAGGAUGUGGCUGGCGGUGGGCGCUACGGGACGGAGGUAUCUCUUGUCGAGUAAGGGAGUGUGGAAGGGUGUGUUUGGUCAGGUUACUCGGUUGCAGGUGCUUAUCCUCGUGGUGUUGGUGGGAUACCUGACCAUCUGGUCCUUCGUCGGCAUCGUCUACGCCAAGUGGAUCACGCCCAUUAAGGGCCAGCCGGAACACGUCAAAAACACGCGCACGUCGCUCGGUCCAUGGGCCGACCGCGUCGGCGUGCUAGCCUACGCACUCACCCCUCUUUCGGUCCUGCUCGCCAGCCGCGAGUCAAUCUUGUCCUUGAUCACUGGCGUCCCCUACACCAGCUUCAUGUUCCUCCACCGCUGGACGGGUCACAUCAUCCUCGUGCAGUCGAUCCUGCACACCAUCGGCUGGGUCAUCGUCGAGGCGCGCCUGUACCGCCCACAGCCGAGCGUGUGGAACGCGUUCAUCGUCCAGAGCUACGCCCGCUGGGGCGUGGUGGCGCUGGUGCUGCUCGUGCUGCUGUGGGUCGGCACGCUGCAGUGGACCAUCCGGCGCACCGGGUACGAGUUCUUCCGCAAGGCGCACUACAUCCUGGCCAUGGUGUACAUUGGCGCCGUGAUCGGGCAUUGGAAGCAGUUGCAAUGUUUCUUGGUGCCCGGGUUGGUGCUGUGGUUUGUGGAUCGCGGCGCCAGGCUGGUCAGGACCGCGUUGCUGCAUUAUGGGUAUAUCCCCAGCGAAGGAAGGGUCGGGUUCGCGGCGGCGCAGGCGGAGAUGAAGCUGUGGAAAGACGAGAAGCAUGGGGAUGUGAUCAGGUUGGACUUUGAGCACCCGCAAAGGGCGUGGAAGGUUGGCCAGCACUUCUUCUUGUGCUUCACCGAGGGAAGCAUCUGGCAGAGUCACCCGUUUACGCCCCUGUCGUGGCCGGUGGAGGACGGGAAGGGUACGGUGAAGCACUCGUAUAUCUUAAGAGCCAAGGGCGGAGAGACCAAGAAGUUGGCCAAGAUAGUGCAGGAUAAACUUGCCGGUGCUGCGCUGUCGGAGAAGGCCGCUAUUCCCACAACACCUGUCAUCCUCCAAGGUCCUUAUGGCGAGAGCAUCGCGGAGGGCGUGACGCCCGACGUCAACGUCCUCUGCAUUGCCGGCGGAACUGGUAUCACCUAUGUCCUUCCCCUCCUGAUCGAUCUGCUCCGGGACAGAAACAUGAACCCCGGGAGGAAGGUCGAGCUGGUGUGGGCCAUCAAGAGGAGCGAAGACGUCGAGUGGGUUGAGCCUGAGAUGGAGGAGCUGCGCAGGCUCGGUGCCGCCCAUGGUUUGACCAUUCGCGUUUUCGUCACGGAUGAUAACACCACAAAGGCGGUCCCUCAGACCACUUCAUGUUGCGGUGGAGAGUCUUCGCAGGAGGAUGAUGACGACAUCAAGAGAGCGCCGAGGAUGUCUGCUCAGCGAGACAGCUCCACGGCGAGAGGAAGGCCGGAUGUGAUGGCGGUGGUCAAGAAUUUCGUCGAAGGUGUUGCCCAAGGGUCAACACGAGUGUUUGGUAGCGGGCCACCGGGCAUGAUCGGCGAGCUAAGGAGUGUUGUCGCUGAGUGCAACUCUGGCUCGAAGGUCUGGAGGGGCGAGGACCGCUUCGAUGUUCGGCUUGUAUGCGAUGACCGGUUGGAGUGGUAG